GCGCUUGCGCCCUGAUGCCUGUCGCCAUCUUGCCCCUUCUGAGGCACCGCAAACAAACCCAAUUCCUGGUGUUCCCUAGUCUUGGCGGAGGAGCCUUUUAGAUGAGCCCCGAAAGGCCGGGCAGGGAAGACAAGCUCUUUGGGGCUACCAAAAAGAAGCAGCAAUGCCUGUUGUGUGGCCAACCCUUUUGGAUCUCAGCAGGGAUGAAUGCAAAAGGAUUCUUAGAAAAUUGGAAUUGGAGGCAUAUGCUGGAGUUAUCAGUGCACUUCGGGCACAGGGGGAUCUCACCAAGGAAAAGAAAGAUCUUCUUGGAGAACUCUCAAAAGUUCUUAGCAUCUCAACAGAGCGCCACCGUGCUGAAGUUCGGAGAGCAGUAAACGAUGAACUUACAACAAUUGCACAUAAAAUGAAUUUAUCCUUAUAUUUGGGUGAAAGACCAAGUUACAGUAUGUCUGGACCUAAUAGCUCUUCAGAAUGGUCCAUUGAGGGUCGUCGCUUGGUUCCACUGAUGCCCCGGUUGGUUCCCCAAACCGCCUUCACGGUAACAGCUAACGCUGUUGCCAAUGCAGCUAUCCAGCACAAUGCAUCUCUUCCAGUGCCUGCAGAAACCGGAAGCAAGGAAGUAGUGGUUUGCUAUUCCUACACAAGUACCACGUCAACCCCAACCUCUACCCCUGUUCCAAGUGGCAGCAUAGCAACGGUUAAGUCUCCAAGACCUGCCAGUCCUGCCUCCAAUGUAGUUGUCUUGCCAAGUGGAAGUACUGUUUAUGUCAAAAGUGUUAGCUGUUCAGAUGAAGAUGAAAAACCCAGAAAACGAAGGCGAACAAAUUCUUCUAGCUCCUCCCCCGUUGUCCUAAAGGACGUUCCAAAGGCUGUUGUUCCGGUCUCAAAGACUAUCACUGUGCCUGUGAGUGGCAGUCCCAAGAUGAGCAACAUCAUGCAGAGCAUUGCCAACUCCUUACCACCCCACAUGUCUCCUGUGAAAAUAACCUUCACCAAACCAUCAACACAGACGACAAACACAACAACACAGAAGGUUAUUAUAGUGACCACAUCACCAAGCUCAACCUUCGUGCCCAACAUUCUCUCCAAAUCCCAUAACUAUGCAGCAGUCACUAAGCUUGUACCAACAUCAGUCAUUGCUUCCACAACCCAGAAGCCACCAGUGGUUAUAACUGCUUCACAGUCCUCCCUGGUCAGUAGUAGCAGCAGUGGCAGCAGCAGUUCUACACCAUCACCUAUUCCUAACACAGUUGCAGUGACAGCUGUGGUAUCUUCCACACCAUCCGUGGUCAUGUCAACAGUAGCACAAGGUGUGUCUACAUCAGCGAUCAAAAUGGCAUCAACCAGGCUUCCUUCCCCCAAAAGUUUAGUGGGCACCCCAACUCAGAUUCUUGCACAGUUUCCUAAACAGCAUCAACAAUCUCCUAAGCAGCAGUUACAUCAAGUGCAGCAGCAGACACAGCAACAUGUGGGCCAGCCUGCGCCAGUAUCUCAUCAGCAGCAACCUCAGCAGUCUCCUUUGCCACCGGGUAUCAAGCCAACUAUUCAAAUCAAACAGGAGUCAGGUGUUAAAAUUAUCACACAACAAGUUCAACCAAGUAAAAUCUUACCCAAACCAGUGACAGCAACUCUGCCCACCAGUAGCAAUUCCCCUAUUAUGGUGGUUAGCAGUAAUGGUGCAAUUAUGACAACUAAACUGGUAACCACUCCCACUGGCACACAGGCAACCUAUACCCGGCCGACAGUGAGCCCGUCCAUAGGUCGGAUGGCUGCAACCCCUGGAGCUGCAACUUACGUGAAAACUACCAGUGGUAGCAUCAUUACAGUUGUACCCAAGUCAUUAGCCACCUUGGGGGGCAAGAUAAUUAGCAGUAAUAUAGUUUCUGGAACGACUACCAAAAUCACUACAAUCCCAAUGACUUCCAAGCCUAAUGUGAUUGUUGUGCAAAAGACUACAGGAAAAGGAACGACUAUUCAAGGCCUCCCAGGCAAAAACGUUGUCACAACAUUGCUAAAUGCUGGAGGAGAAAAAACUAUUCAGACGGUGCCAACAGGAGCUAAGCCAGCUAUUAUCACUGCUACAAGACCCAUCACCAAAAUGAUUGUAACUCAACCAAAAGGAAUAGGUUCCACAGUUCAACCAGCAGCUAAAAUCAUCCCGACAAAAAUUGUUUAUGGGCAGCAAGGGAAAACACAGGUUCUAAUUAAACCCAAACCAGUGACAUUUCAAGCCACAGUUGUUAGUGAACAGACAAGGCAGCUGGUCACAGAAACAUUACAGCAAGCAUCUAGGGUGGCAGAAGCUGGUAAUUCAUCUAUUCAAGAGGGAAAAGAAGACCCACAGAGUUAUACAGAUAGUAGUUCCUCUUCUACAGAGUCUUCCCAAAGUUCCCAAGAUUCCCAGCCUGUAGUUCAUGUAAUUGCUUCCCGGCGUCAGGAUUGGUCAGAACAUGAGAUUGCAAUGGAGACUAGUCCCACCAUAAUUUAUCAGGAUGUAUCCAGUGAAUCACAAUCAGCUACUUCAACAAUCAAAGCUCUAUUAGAACUCCAACAGACAACAGUAAAGGAAAAAUUGGAAUCUAAACCAAGACAACCCACUAUUGACUUGAGUCAGAUGGCAGUGCCUAUUCAGAUGACCCAGGAAAAGAGACAUUCUCCUGAGAGUCCAUCCAUUGCUGUGGUAGAGUCAGAACUAGUUGCUGAAUACAUCACUACUGAACGCACUGAUGAGGGGACAGAGGUUGCUUUUCCCCUUCUAGUCAGCCAUCGCUCCCAGCCCCAACAGCCCUCCCAGCCCCAGCGGACCCUGCUCCAGCAUGUGGCUCAGUCACAGACUGCAACACAGACUUCAGUGGUGGUGAAGUCCAUCCCAGCAUCUUCCCCUGGAGCAAUCACCCACAUUAUGCAGCAGGCAUUAAGCAGUCACACUGCUUUUACCAAACACAGCGAGGAACUUGGAACUGAGGAGGGCGAGGUUGAAGAGAUGGACACUUUAGACCCUCAGACAGGUCUGUUUUACCGAUCUGCUCUGACUCAGUCGCAGUCAGCUAAGCAGCAGAAACUUAGCCAGCCCCAGCUGGAACAGACUCAGCUGCAAGUGAAAACUCUGCAGUGCUUCCAGACUAAACAGAAGCAGACCAUCCACCUGCAGGCAGACCAGCUCCAGCACAAACUCCCGCAAAUGCCCCAGCUUUCCAUCAGGCACCAAAAGCUCACCCCUCUCCAGCAAGAACAAGCACAGCCCAAGCCAGAUGUACAGCACACACAGCAUCCCAUGGUGGCCAAAGACAGGCAGCUUCCUACCUUAAUGGCACAGCCCCCGCAGACUGUAGUACAGGUGCUCGCAGUGAAAACCACGCAGCAGCUCCCUAAACUGCAGCAGGCUCCGAACCAACCAAAAAUCUACGUGCAACCCCAAACCCCCCAGAGCCAAAUGCCGCUCCCAGCUGCAUCAGAGAAACAGCCGGCAAGCCAGGUGGAGCAGCCAAUUAUAACCCAAGGAUCCUCUGUUACAAAGAUAACUUUUGAGGGGCGCCAGCCUCCCACAGUUACAAAGAUAACUGGUGGCAGUUCUGUGCCUAAGCUGACAUCACCAGUUACAAGCAUAUCUCCCAUUCAGGCCUCUGAGAAGACAGCAGUGUCAGACAUUUUGAAAAUGUCUUUGAUGGAAGCUCAGAUUGAUACAAAUGUAGAGCAUAUGGUAGUGGAUCCCCCAAAGAAGGUUCUUGCCACUGGUAUGCUCACUGGUGAAGCAGGAUCAUUACCAUCCACCCAUGUGGUGGUGGCAGGGAUGGCGAAUUCCACUCCCCAGCAACAGAAAUGUAGAGAGUCCUGUUCAAGUCCAUCUGCUGUUGGCCCUCCCUUAACGACAAGGAAAAUCGAUGCACCAGGAGUGCCUACGACAGGCCAGUUCAUGCGUAUUCAGAAUGUAGGCCAAAAGAAAGCUGAAGAGAGCCCAGCAGAAAUUAUCAUCCAGGCCAUUCCCCAGUAUGCUAUUCCUUGUCACUCCAGUUCCAACGUGGUUGUAGAGCCCAGUGGGCUUCUUGAGCUAAACAACUUCACUAGCCAGCAGUUGGAUGACGAUGAGACGGCAAUGGAGCAAGACAUAGACAGUAGCACAGAGGAUGGAACCGAGCCCAGCCCCUCUCAGAGUUCUGCUGAACGGUCCUAAAUUUUUGAAAACAGGCGUGCACUUUAAAACCUACUUGGUUACCAAGUGUCCAGGGAAGCCCUUGAUUUUUGAUGUCGAAAGAUAGCACUUUGCCCAUGCUUAGGCUAUGGACCCCAAAAUCACAGUGUUUCAACAAAGAGCUGCUGCAGGAGCAGCAUUUUAAAACAAGAUAAAACUCACAGGGGAAUGUACUUUUUAAAAAAAAAAAAAAGAAAAAGGAAAAAAAGGAAAGCUAAAAAAAAGAAAAACGUGCACAUCUGCAGUGACAAAAGACCCGAUAUUCUUUCUCUGUUGGACCAUGGCUGAUGGUAAAGUAUGUCAUGCAGUGGAAAGAGACUUUUCCUGUGAAUGUUCAACUGGUUUCUGCUGAGCAAAACACCAUCAGAAAAGGAGAAUGUGAAUAGUUUGUAUUUUGAAAUGGUGUGUCAGGAACAGUUUUUUAAAAACCUUGUAUGUUUUUGAAAAUCUCUGAAAGUGUUGAAUUGGUUAAAAUUUUACAUUUGCUCAGUUUAUAGUUUAUAAAAUAACUAGAAAAAUACUGGCAUUAAAGAAUCCUUGUUAGAUGGUGGAAAUCAGAUCCCUAACCAGUGGGAAGUGCUUUUUGGGUGGCUUGUACAUUCUCAUCAUUUGUAUGCUAAUUUAUUGUGUUGUUGUUCCUUUGUGCUCUAGGCAGCACACUUGCCUUCUAUUUAUUUAAAUGUAAACAUUUCAAAGCAGGCCAUAUUCUGACAGAUUUCCUGUAAACCAGGAUUUGCCUGCCUUUUCCACCUCCCACCCCUCCCGCUCCUUUAAGAAAAGAGAAAAUGUUUCAUUGUGAAGGAGAGGAAAAGAAACAUUUUCUAGCCCAAAGGAAGUGUUCAGCUAUGUUCAGGAAAAAUAACCCAUAUGAUGCUAUCUUAACAUUGAAAUUGCACAUUCAUAUUGGACUGAGACUUUGAAGAUAACUUUUACGUACUUUUGUUUAAACCCCUUUGAAAUGUAUAAAAAUUAAUUUGCAGUUCUAAAUGUAAUGUUUUUAAGCAUUCUGCCUUUUUAGGACACAGUUUGUUUAAGCAAUAUGUUUGGGUCUUGUGAUCACGGUCUGUCACAAGUAGAGUGAGGGGUAAGAGGGUGGGAGGGUAACGGUCAGUUUUGACAAGUUGUGGCAAAGGAAGCAAUUCUUUUCAUUUUUUAAAAAAUGUAAAUAGAAAAGUUUUUAACGGUUUUAUAUAGAUUUCACUAUAAAUAAGCAUUUUAAGACUGACAAAUGUUGAACUGUACAUACAUAUCUCAGCAUAACUGCCCAAUUUUUUGGUGCUGAAGUACUGUAAGUAGAUUUCACCAACAGUCUCCUAAUUUUUGCAUCUAUAUCUAGAAAAAAAACUGUGAUACUGUAGUUAAUAAAUUCCCACUAGAGUGACACUGAAGAUUUAAACACAAGCAUUUAUAAGAUGCACUGACCUCUGGUAGUCGCCAUCAUUUCUCCUGAGUGGUUAACGACUUACCCGUAGAUGGGGCUGUUGGAUUUUAUUUUAUUGUACAAAUUCAUGUUUAAAAGACUUUGUGAUUGUUUCUAGUUAAGUAACUUUUUAACCUCUCCAGUCAUAGGCUUCUUUGAAAAUCUGAUCACACUAUGAACUCUCCCCAAAAAGACACACAUGCCAAUAUACAUGUUAGAUUUUACAUACAAUCUUAGGGGUUUGUGGGCCCCUAAGCCUAACCAUGUAUUCAAGGUUAAGCCCUCUGUUAUGGUCAGUCCAUUACUUACAGAUGUAAGUUUUUAUAAAAUAAAAUAUGUUUUAAAUAUUCAUGGGUCAGGUAACAAGAGCAAACUUGAAUAAAGUUAUUAUGUCUACUUCUACAUAUUCUGGCAGCAUAGCAUACCUGUGUCCCUUUUGAGAAUUUAACCUUAAUAUGUUUUCAGCAACUGGAAUGGCAGACGAAACUUCCAUAAGCUACACUUUUAAAAAUCAGUAUGUAUAUAUUAACAAAUUAUCAAGUGAGGGAUUUAAUAUUUUUUUUUCCUUCAAAGAUACUACUUUCAAGGAGACCAUGAAUUCUUUUGUUUAUUCAACAAAUAUUAUUUGAACAUCUACGGCGUGUUGGGUACUGUUCUAAGCACCAGGGAUUCCACAGUAAAUAAACAGAAAAUCCUACCCUUAUGGAGUUUACAAACAGAGCUUCCUGCUGAAGAGUGGAUGCCAGGGCCAAAGGAAGGAGGAAACUCAAGUUCCUCCUUAGGUUUCUUGCUUAAGUGAAUGGAUGGUGGUGCUGUAUAUGGGUCUCCAGGUAUCCUUUUACUGAAAGUCUUAGCAUUAUUAAAUGUAAUUUUAAAUCAGUUCUUGUGAAAGAUAUCCAGAGAUUAUGCUGCAAAUAUUACAGAAUUAUUAGAGUCCUAACAACUGUUACAGGCAGUGGUAAGAAAAAUUCAUUUGGUUUGAAGUAAACUUUGUAAAUGCUUUGUAUUGCAGAAUGCAGUUUAUGCUGAACUUAGGGAACUUAAAAAAAUGUUUUAUUGAAAUUAAUUCACAUGCCAUACAAUUCACCCAUUUAAAGUGUACAGUUCAGUGGUUUUCACUGGAUUUACUGAGUUGGGCAGCCAUCACUACAGCCAGUUUUAGAACAUUUCCAUAACCCUAAAAAGAAAUCCUGUACCCCUUAGCUGUUACCCCUGAAACUCACCCUGCCACUCCAGCUCUAGGCAACCACUAAACUACUUUCUGUCUUUAUGGACUUGCCUAUUCUGGACAUUUCAUAUAAAUGGAAUCAUACAAUAUGUGGUCUUCUGUGACUGGCUUCUUUCAUUUGGCAUAGUAUUUUCAAAAUUGUAACAGGUUUCAGUCCUUCAGUCCUUUUUAUGGCUCAGUAAUAUUCCACCACAUGGAUAAACCACAUGUUCUUUAUCCAUUCAUUGGUUGAUGGACAUUAGGGUUUCUACUUUUGGCUUUUAUGAAUAAUGCUGCUGUGAACAUUUGUGUAUAGUUUUUACAUGUUUUCCGUUCUCUUUGGUACAUUUCUAGGAGUGUAAUUGCUAGGUCCUACAGUAACUGUUUAAUGAUUUGAGAAACUAUCAAACUCUUGUCUACAGUGACUGCACAGUUUACAGCAGUAUAGGGCAGUUUGACCUUUUCUACAUCUUCACCAAUGCUUGCUAUAUUUGUUUUUUGUUUUCAUUAUUUUUCAAAAUUAUAUCCAUUUUAGAGUGUGCAGUGGUACCUCAUUAUGGUUCUGAUUGACAUUUUCCUGAUGGCUAAUGGUAAGAAUCUUUUCAUCUGCUUGUUGGCCAUUCACUGAUCUUUGGAGAAAUGUCUUUUGCCCAUUUUCAAAUUGAAUGAUUUUCUAUUAUUUAAAUUGAGAGCUUUCGAAGUACAGGCAAUAAUACCACUCUUAAAAGUAACCUGUUCUCUAGUCAUUAAUUCAUCACCCUUAAAACCUUAAUCAUGUUUGACUUCCUCUCUAAUGUAACAAAUUGCUUAACAUUCUUAAAACUGUGUAGAGCUAAUUGAAAACGUUUUUAAAUACAUUUCUUUGUGAGGUUCUCUCAAUGACCUGCUUGGAUGGGAGACAUAGUACAAAGGAAAUAGUACCCAAGUGGUCUGGAUUUGAGUCCCAGGAUCCUGUGUUAAUGGAUCAUAUGAACUUGAGCAGGUCCCAUUUCCUGUAAUACAAAGUGUGAGUUUCUGACCCACUUGGGGUUAUCGUGAAGAGUGCAUGAAAUAGUGCAUGUAAAAAUGCCAGGCACAGAGGUGCUCUAUUUUUUAAGUCUAAUAGUUAUUAACAGUCCCACUUUAUAAAUAGAAAACGAGGGCUCAGAGACAAAUGAAGUACCAAAACACACAGAUUAUAUGCUAAUAGGCAUCAUGCUGAUCCCCAAGUUGAUACUUUCUAUAUGGGAGUGUAUGUGUGCCACCAGACACAGAAUUGGCCUUUGGAAAGACAGGGGAACUUGAUGUUGGCCUGUAACAUAAUCUCUUUGUCUGUCUUGGGUGCCUUCACACAGAGGUGCUCACACACAAGUUUGUUUUUUGAUUUGUCACAAAUCCCAGUUAAGAGGAAGUAGAGUGAAAAAGCACCAUGUAAGCAAGGCCUUUCCAAGAAGAGUGAGAAAACAGUCUGCUGCCUCUGCUUACAGGUUUUAUAAGCCUUUAAGUGAGGCCUAUGACCUACAUAUUGAAAAAAGGAUUGAAACACCAUAGAAUCAGAUUUGUACUUGUGAGAAGUCUUGCUCUGCUUUCGUACCUCUUCCUUGCUUACACAGACUGUAACUGAAAACAGGGCACUUCAGAAAAAAAAAAAAAAAA